CCACAUCCUCCACCCAAGUUCCGUAUCCCGGGUUCGAAGGAACAGCAGAAACUAGUACGACGCGGAGGUCGCGCAUCUGGAUGGUUCCAUAUGCUUAUUGGGAAAGCGCAACUUGUCCGGCGAGAGGUUAAGCGAGGUUGGCCAAGAUGGCUCCCUUCCAGAAGCAUCUACGUCGGGUACCCCAUGUCCAUUGACUGGAAGCGGAGAGCUAAAGGCCGAAGACACAGCGAGUAGACGGCGAUGGCCGAGAGGGCACACGGACAAGCGAGCUGGAGGUUGAGUGUAGCACACAGCAGUACCUGCAGCCAUGAAGCUCACGUGGCUUGCGCUUAGGAAGUUGACGAAGAGAUCAAGCGACUCCACAAUAUACCAGCUAAGGUGGAGACCGAAGCACUCGGUCGAAUGCAGGUCAUGCAGUAGCGGGCUGCCCUGCGCCGCAUUAGUCCGCCAGCGCGCCAAUGCGAUGGGGAUGUUGUCUUCGUCCCUCCGAGGGCGUGGCAAGACACUGUGUCCAGGUAGCUCGCCAUACACUCUAGCCGCAUUUGUCGGUCCAUCAGGCCUGGAAAGGGCCGAAACCUUGCGAAUGCUUGCGGCCAGCCGUCAAUGCGACGUAGGCCAGGUAGGGGAGGUAACGAUCGGUCGGGUCACCUCAAUGCACGAUGUGCUCUUCGCUCAGCUUCCGGUCAACCAUCUCAAUGGUCGCAGAAGCAGAACGGCUCGGACUUGUUUGGUUCUUAGCUUGCGUCGGAGGCAUCCUCUCUUAAUGUGCCUUGCAGUAUUCCCAAGACUGUACCGGAUAACGAUCGAAAUGCAGACGGUUGCUGGGCCUGGCUCUUCUUCGACGGCAGCUUGCCUGCAGCGUCUUCCUCAUACGGAUGGACGUCUCCCGCUAUGUCGUCUUUCCGUUGAACAAAUGCACUUUCUAGGGCAGGCAGAGUCCGGGCUGAGACGGUCGAACCGGCGAAGAAUCAGCUAGAGGCUCUAUUAGCUCGAUUUGCAGAACAUUGUAGUAAAGAGCGGCCGCGCCGUAGUAUGCUCUGCCAUACGAGCUUUGACGAAGCAAAGAUAUCAUGCACGC